AUGGGACGUGCAAAACUCAAGAUGGAACUUAUAGCGAAAGAAAAAUCACGUAACUCGACUUAUUUCAAAAGAAAGAAGGGAUUGUUAAAGAAGUUAGAUGAAUUCAACAAACUGUGUGGUGUUGAUACAUUGAUGAUCGUCUACGGACCUAAGCAUGGUGACCGUCCUGUUGAAGUUGAGACAUUUCCUCCAGAACUUGAUAAAGUCGAUGAGAUCAUUAAGAGGUAUCAACAAGUCCCAGAGGAGGACAAAGUCAAAAGAACUCUUACUAUUAAGAAUUUCUUUGAAGAUCAAAAGAGGAAGUCCGAGGCUGAACUCGUUAAUCUAAGAAAGAAAAACCAAGAGUUGCCGUUGGAUGAUCUGGUCACAGUUGAACAACUUCAACAACUUUACCACAGCUUGGAUGCUAAGAAGGAAUUGGUUGAACAAAGAAUCAACUCGAUGAAACCUAUGAAUAGUAGUGGCGUUACCAAGGAUAGUGGUAGCAAAAGGAUAGCUGAGUUCCCCAAUUCAGUAGUACCAGAUCAGAUUCCUUACCAAGCUUCAAACACUUACAAUAAUAACUAUGAUCAUGACACUCUGUGGAGAAGCGAGGAUAUUAAUAUGCAUUCACAACCAUUCGGUUAUCCUUCACCAAUGGAGUAUCACCAUCUUAAUACCACAAAGGAUGAAAAUCUUUCCACGCCUAUGUUUGUGAAGCCAGUGAUAGGAUCCAGUUAUGGAUACGUAAGUAUGGGGAAUCAAUUUUAUUACCCAAAUCAACAUAUGGGUUCACCUAUGAUGUCGACAGCAUCCAUGUAUCAUUCAUUGGGUCAGAUACCUCCGUUUCAAAUGCAGCAGCAGCAAUUUCAAUUCAUGAACACACCUCAGACGCAUCACCAACAGCAAUUCAUGUCAUCAGGAUUUUCGUCUCAGCAGUCCCCCAGUUGGCAGUUUGGUUUUCAGGAUCAUCAAACUAAUAACUAG